GUUGCGAACAAGCAUCGCUAAACAUGUUUCAAAGUGUAAAUAUCCGCUCAAGGUAACCAGUUGUUCCAGAUCCCUUCGACCAAACUGUUCCCAUGAAAACAUAAGAAAUGUCACUUAAUGGAUCAAUAUAUAAAUUACUUGACUUCAAACUAAUAUCUGGUGGCGCAGCGCACAGACUGCAUGUCUUUGAGUGCAGACUCCUUUUGCGUGAAAGAGAUCGAAACCAGGUCGGGCGAUCUUUUUAUUUUUAUUUUUCUAAAAUGUAUUUCUUCAUCCGUGGCUGUGAUGCACUGCUCACUUAUACAAUCGUAAUCGCCGAAAUGGAUAUGAACGGUGGCUUGAAGAUCUCCAGCAAUAUGUUUGUGAAUGUGUGACUAAUCUGGUGAGCGAGACAGAGCCCCGCUGCAGAUGUUAAGAGAACACAACGCACGCACGCGCAGGGAAACCAGUAGGUUUGAAAACCAGUAGGGGUGUAACACCGGCAUAUGUGUUUCAUGGCAGAGGAGAUCUGCCGCCGUAGGUGGAAAAGUCAGAGACACGUAUCAAAGAGAGAAGAAGAGAGAGAGCAGCGAGAAGCGCAGUGGGAGUGCAGCUCAGUCCACUAAAAAGUGGAAGUACUCUGCGGUCGCGACGCGUCUGGUCUGAACACACUUUUUUUUCGACGCGCGUCGAGACUGCUGCGUCAGACGCGUCGAGAAUUUUUUCGACGCGUCCGGUGUGAACACACCAUGACAUUCAAGCUAACCUAAUUUCCCAAACGCUGUGGACAUCUGAACGCUGAUUGGCCGAGACGCGACACGUCCCAUCAAAGAUGUUCUAUUGCGAAGAGCACCACUCCACAUUUUCUCCGCGUCUCACUGUAAUCUCAACGGCAGCGGGCCAGGUGAAAAAAAUAAUAAAUCGGAACGCGUCUCUGGUAUUGUUCAGGGGGCCGGUCCAAAUGGGGAGGCGGGCCGGAUCCGGCCCGCGGGCCGUAGUUUGGGGACCACUGCUAUAGACAGACAACACCACACAGACAGAAGGGAAACAAGACAGGGAAUCACACACUAGGAGCAGACAGGAACCCUAACAACUACUGGUUGACAGCACUACUUAUUCCUACGGGCACAACAGCUGAGCCGUGGCUGCAAUGUGGAAAAAACUGACUUCUUGGUUCUAUUCGUCAGCUUUGAUGGACGACUGGAGGAUCUUACAAUGGGGCGAUAAUGAGAAAGACCUGCAGUUGGUAAAAAAAUAUCAGCCUCAAAACAAAGAAGUCAAACAGCUCAGAGUUCUGCUUCAUGGACCUGCUGGUGCUGGCAAGUCCAGCUUCAUCAACUCUGUGGACAGUGUUUUGCAAGGCAGAAUUACUGGUCGAGCUUUGACAGAUUCCAACACUCAAGAGAGCUUCACCAGAAAGCACACAACUUACACAAUCAACAAACGACCAGGGGUUAUUUACCCUUUUGUGUUCACUGACACCAUGGGCCUUGAGGAGGGAACUGAUGGAGGAGUUUGUGUGGAAGACAUCAAACUGGCCAUGAAGGGGCACAUAAAAGAGGGUUACAAUUUUGAUCCUCGCUAUGAAAUAUCAGAAGAUGAUCCAAAGUACAACAAGGACCCCACUCUGGAGGACAAAGUUCAUGUUCUGGUUUGUGUCAUCGAUGCCAACACAGUAGGUAUACUGGGUGAUAAACAUCUCAGAAAGAUGAGGGAAGUGAGACUAGCAGCGUCAGACAUGGGGAUUCCCCAAGUGGCAAUUCUCACCAAAAUUGAUGAAGCUUGCCCCGAGGUGAGAAAAAGUCUAAGGAACGUGUAUAAGAGCAAGCUCCUAAAGGAAAAGAUGGACAAAUUGAGUGCUACACUGGGCUUGCAACCAAACUUUAUCCUUCCCGUGAAGAACUACCACUCAGAGUUCAAGACAGAGGAUGACGUUGAUGCAGUGAUACUGAGCGCACUAAAACGGAUCCUUGACUCUGGAGAAGAAUUUCUCAACCACCUGUAGUUCUAUACUGCUGCAGACAAACCUUCUAUGAUCGAAAACAAAAAUAUAUUUUUCAAUAAUAAUGUGGAUUGGGGUUACUUUUUAUGUUAAUUUUAACACAUAUUAUUGCAGAAUUUAUAUAUUUCAUAUUACAAUGCACUUCAACUUGUUGCUGCACAUACGUUGUGGUUGUUGCAUGGUUGUUGUUCAGUAACUAAUUUUUGGAUUUACCUGCUAAGUAAGUUUUCUUUGGGAUAUUUCUUUAUUAAAACCACCAUUUAUCAUUCUUAUGCUCCCUGUGUCUGCAUUUGGGUCCAUCCCAAUUGUCUUUUUCCCUGACCGUGACAACCACAGUAUUGUCUGAGAGUUGUGUUUCCAUCUUAAACUCCAACCCUUUAACAGUGAAAGUACUUUUUAACAAUUUUGGUUUCCUAUAAUGAAUAUUUUUUCUACUCAGCUCCACCUUCUUGUGUCACAAAAGAACAAAACGACGACUACUGAACUUGAGGGUUCCAAACCAUAUUUCUCAAACAAACCGGUGAUGUCACAGGGACUACGUCCACUUCUUAUACCCAGUUUAUUAUAAGGAUGUCAUAAUAUUGCUGAGUGACACUGAGUUGAAACAUUGUGUUAUGUAUUUAGUCGUUUUUUCACUUAUUGAUUUUCGACAGACCGACUAACUGAUUUAAUUGAUGUAAAUGGCCCUACAUGAUCGUGGACGUGCUCUUAUUUUGAAGUCGGCUGAGGCUCUUACAUGCUGUAUCUAUUGUUUUAUUUGAAUGUCUGGACCUGCUAUUGAAUCAUUGAGCUAUUGCUGUUCAGGUUAAACCACAAUAAAUACAGAAAUUAGUA